AUGGCCCGGGAGGGCGGCAGCGUGUGCAGCUGCUGCUGGGCGCUCGUCCUCCUGUGGGCGGCGGCGGGCGGCCGCGCAGAACUCCGCUAUGCAACUGUGUACUGGAAUAGAGCUGAAAAAAUACUUCAGGUCAGGAAUACGCUGGACAGGAGUGGAGACGCUUAUGGCUUCUACAACAACAGUCUACAGACAACAGGCUGGGGAGUCCUGGAGAUCAGAGCUGGCUAUGGCACUCAGACCUUAAACAAUGAAGAUAUUAUGUAUGCUGCUGGCUUCUUGGAAGGCUAUCUCACAGCUCCGCAAAUGUAUGACCAUGCUGCAAAUAUGUAUCCACAGCUAAUUAAGACUCCAGCCAUCCGAAGUGGAGUUCAGAAUUUUAUGGCGAAGCAAGAUCAAUGGACAAGACAACAGAUCAGAAAUAAUAAGGAUGACCCAUUUUGGAGGCAUGCUGGCUAUAUUGUUGCACAGUUGGAUGGUCUGUACAUGGGAGCCCUCGAGUGGGCUAAACUACAUAAACAAACACCACUGAGCAACUUUGAUGUCCAGUUUCUGAAUGCAGUUGGAGACCUGUUGGACCUUAUUCCUGCAUUAUUUGAGUAUUCUGCGCGGGGUGGACAAUGCAAUAUGGAUCCAGGAGGCCAUGGGAGAUACCAGUGGGAUAUGGGACACUGCUCUGCACUGAUCAAGGUUCUACCUGGUUAUGAGAAUAUCUAUUUUGCCCAUUCCAGCUGGUUUACUUAUGCAGCCACACUGAGAAUAUAUAAGCAUUGGAACUUCAAUAUCAUUGAUCCAUACACCAGCACCAGCCGUGUCUCAUUCAGCAGUUACCCAGGGUUUUUGGUGUCCCUGGAUGACUUUUACAUAUUAGGCAGUGGCUUGGUAAUGUUGCAGACUACCAACAGUGUUUUCAAUGAAACCCUCAUUAAGCAAGUGGUGCCUGAAUCCUUGUUAGCUUGGCAGAGGGUCCGCAUUGCCAACAUGAUGGCAAAUGAUGGCAAAACUUGGGCAGAGACCUUCUCAAAGUGCAACUCUGGAACCUACAACAAUCAGUACAUGGUUCUAGACCUGAAGAAGGUCAAGUUGCAGAGGAGCCUUGAUGAUGGUGCAUUGUACAUUGUUGAGCAGAUCCCAACCCUUGUGGAGUAUUCUGAUCAAACAAAUGUUCUCCGGAAAGGUUACUGGCCUUCAUACAAUAUCCCUUUCCAUGAAAAGAUUUACAAUCUCAGUGGGUAUGCAUCAUACGUUGUCAAGUAUGGCAUGGAUUUUUCCUAUGAGCUUGCUCCAAGAGCAAAGAUCUUCCGUCGAGACCAGGGCAAGGUGACCAACUUGGAAAGCAUGAAGUACAUCAUGAGAUACAACAAUUAUCAGCGUGAUCCUUAUGCUGAACACAAUCCUUGCAACACCAUUUGCUGCCGGGAAGACCUGAAUCCUUCUUUACCAGUGCCUGCAGGCUGCUACGACUCCAAGGUGUCGGAUUUCCGCCUGGCUGCCGCGUUCACAGCCUCUGCCAUCAAUGGCCCCCCGGUGCAGGGCGGUCUCCCGGUGUUCAGCUGGAGACGGUUCAACCGCACACGGCACCAGGGCCUGCCGGAGUCAUACAACUUCGACUUUGUCACCAUGAGGCCCAUCCUGUAA